AUGGCCGCCACCUCGCCGACGUUUUCUGCGGGGGGAAUCCCGUCGUUUUGUACGCCGGCGAAACUGAAAAUCUUGCUGGUGCCUGCAGCGCCGCUGGACGACGCAGAGUUUGAGCGGUGGGCCAGCUUUGUGCGGCAGUACGAGCAAGUGAAGUUGACAGAGGUGCCGCGUGCGUCCAAAGCCCCGCCGAGUGCGUCGCUGUACCACCAGGGCGAAGUGCAUAUCUCGUUUGUGACGUCCUACCAGCCGUCGCAUGCGUACUUGGCGCCGUUCCAGCUGCAUCGUGAUGUGCAUGGCGUGCUGGGCCUCGGUACGUAUCCUCCCCAUGCUGGUCACGAUUGGGAGCGAUUACCAGGCUUGCUUCGGGCGCAGCAUCCCAGUGCGUUACUGCACCGCGUGUUUGCGUUUGACGUGCAUGCCAAAGGCGCCGCGGCGCCGCCUACCUCCACGGCGCAUGGCGAUAUGGCCGACGCAGCCUCGAUCCUAUCGCAGGACGACACAGAGUUUGAGCCGUCGUCCUCCGGGUUUGCUGGGCGUCGGGAGAAUGGAUUGGUCGUGUUCCCUGCUGUGCGGCGCGAUGCGAAGGAUGUGCGGUUUUAUCUACGUACGCUGCUGGCUGAAAUGAUCGGCGGUAUGCUGGACCAGCUGGAUGCGCUGGUCAGUCAGUUGGACGAGACGAUGCUGGAGACACCACGCGAGACGCUGCAUCAGCCGCCGACACUGCGGACCUUGAGCGGCCAGCGCGAGGCGCCGCCGCUGCCGCCGCGGCCUGCGCCGGCCAGUGCUACGUCCAAAAUGUUCGGCCUAAAACGCUCCAAGACGCCGGCUACGCCGCCGCCCACGUCGAUGCGGUUGGAGAAGAUCAAGGCGGAUGCAGCCUUGCUGAGUGGGUACCUCUACGAUGCCAUGGAGGGCUACGACCGUAUACUCUCCGUGCACGGCAAGGAACGUGCGUUGGCCGGGGGGCAGGAUGCUGUAUGGUUCGCCUCGGCGUUGGAAGGCUGGGCCGUCACACGUACGCUGCUAGCGCGGCUGGGCGGCGAGGCGGCCGAGCUCGCGCCGGGUCUGUUGUAUCCAUGCACCGCCGGCAAAGACAAGGAACUGCGCGAGCCGACGCCUGCGCCCAUGGCAUGGCGCGACGUCGCUGAAGCGUACACGUUGGCCUUGUCGAUCUAUGCCAAGUGCCUUGCGCCGCCGCAGGUCCAAGUCGAGCUGCUUCGCUCGAUGACCAACGAGACGCCGCGCGACUACACGCCGCCGCUCGUGCAUGCGACGGCGUGCUUGCAGUACGCGCGCUUCCUGCUCGCCUUGUACGCCUCCGGCGGCUGGAACGCCGAAGCGUUUGACCAGCUGUUGUACGGCGGCCUGCCGCCCUCCUUGGAUACCGGCGUGCCAUUGACGUUUGCGGAGCAAGCGCACUUGGCCGCCGUCUCGGGCAUUUACCGCUACGAAGUCGGCGCGGCUUGCAGUGCCGCGCUCACGUCGUCACUUCAUCUCCUGCAGCCAGUGGAUCAGUUGGCCAUUCUCAGCGGGGUGGGGCGGAUGCUCUCUGUGCUUGGCUUUCCGCGGCGUGCGGCGCAUGUCGCGCGUGUGCUGGGGACCGCGGUCAGUGGCCUGCUCUCACGGACCCUGCAAGCGCGCCAAGCCUGGCCGCCUUUGGCCUUGGCUUGGGACAAGUGGCAUGGCCCUCCGAUCACCUCGCCGCCACACGCGGAGCGCAUGGAGUCGGAUCUGUUCGCCCGUGCGAACCCGGCCCUGACACUCGGCAUGACAGCCUGUGAAGCGUAUGGCCUCGAUGUACUUACGACGCCGCUGAUGCAUGUCCCAUCGUCGCACAUGCUAGAGCGGGCACGCCGCCGCGUUUGUGCGUACGCGUACACAGACAUGCUGGCCUCGACCAUGGGGGUAGAGCAGGCGCAAGCGUGGCUGCCUGCACUCAGCGCAAGUGACAAAGUCGCGCAGCGGCCCCGCCCCUCGUUUGGGUGGGCCAGCUUGCAGCGACAGCUGUUGCAGGACCUGAUUGUGCAGUGCGAAGCGGUGGACGAUGCCCUGGGCCAAGUGUUCUUUGCCGCUCUGCUCUUGCGGGAAUGUACGCUGCCGGCGCCCGAGCAAGUCGCUGUCCUGCAAGGUCUCCAGCAGGCCUUGCCACGGGCUCGGUGGCAUGGCGCACCGGACGUGGCGCUGCGGUACUGGGGGCCGCCGGGCCUGUUGCAGGCCAUGGAAAUGGCGCCGCCGCCAGCGCCGAUGGUCCCUGUGCUGCGGUCACGUACUUCGCUCCGCCUCGCCGAGUCGAACGUGGAGACGACGGCCUCGGCAGACGCGCCGCCUGGCCUGCACAAUCCGUUUGUGAUGCGCUCAGCGUGGACCAGCAGCAAAGAGGUGCAUUACAUGGCCGACGAGGAUCUGUACGUCGACGUGAGCCUCCAAAAUACGUACGCGGUGCCGCUCGUCUGCUCCUCGCUCGCGCUCCUUGCGCAGGGGCCGUCCGAUGCGCAGCCGACCAGCGCGCACGCCCGCCCUGCGCCCGUGAGCAUUCCAUCGCAGUCGCUGCACACUGUCCGCCUGGCGCUGACCCCCCGCGAGGUCGGGGCGUGGCGCAUUCUUGGGUGCCGCGUGCACUUGUGGGGCUCGGAGCCGUGCGAUAUCUAUGUCGAUACACCGCUGCCCCUCGAGAAGUACGAAGGCCCUACGAUGCAUGGCCUCGCGGCCCGCUCUACCGUAUCGCUCAUGCGCAUGAUCACCACCGCGAAGCCCGCGGACAUGGCGGCGCUGGAGCGAAUGCUCACGCCCUCGUACCCGACCCUGUCGUUCCGCGUACUACCGGCGCAGCCACGCGUGGAAAUGCAUCUUCCGACGCUGGGGCCGACUGCGCUGAUGCUGCUGCAUGGCCAGACCACCACACUGCCUGUCCAGCUGACCAACACGUCCUCAGUCCCUGUUGACGUCGUCCACAUCGAGUUGGAAGACAGUGUGCAGGGCCCACUUCGCGAUGCCAUUGCGCAAGGCGGCUUGCGCCCGGGCGACGUACACGAACUGGAACGACAGCUACUGCAGACGCCCGUGCUCUCAUUGUCCGCGCCACAAGCCCAAAACAUCGCGCCGCAUACCUCGAUCACCGUGCCGCUCACCGUACACGCACGGUACGAUUGCGAUUGGGCGCGGGUGCGUGUAUGGUACGGCCACAUGGCCAGCGUAGGCGCCGACGAGGCCAUGGUCCCAGUUCGGUCGGCGCAACUUACUAUCCCUCAAUCCGUGGAGCCCAGCAUAGACGUGGCGCCCAUGCAGGUCGAGCCCCUCACGCCGGCCGUAGCGCAACGCAUGGCAGCGACAUUGACAGACGAGCCAUUGCCACCGACACCGCCGUGUGUGCUGCUGAGCUGGGACUUGUACAAUGCGUCGCCCUCGCUCUUGCACGUCCAUGUGGACAUGGAGGCAUGGCCUGGCUCACCGUGGCACAUGGAACGCCACAUCUUGCCGGGCAUGACAGCCCGACUGUGCAUGCCAUGGGCCCAGCGUAUAUGCACACAAGACAAGCUGCAGAAGCCUAUCCCGAAACUCUCGCCUGGCCAAUUUGUCGUCCCUAAAAUGGUACUCACCGAGACGCAGUACGCCGAGCAUACCGCGCAGUUCUGGGCACGCGAUCUGCUCCUGCAAAACAUCCGCCUGCGCUGGGUCGAUCCGGAAGCGCACACGGAAGGCGACGUCUCCCUUCACCCCCAAUGGCCUACCGCCGCCCAAGUAUCGCAGUUGUGCCGCCCCGCUAUGGAGAUUCACAUGGACGUACCUGCGCAAGCGCAUGUCGACACAUUGGUCCCAGCCACGGUGCGUGUACAAAGCGCAUGGGAGGCCGACCAAGUGCGCCUGGAAUGGGUGCUUACGUCCGAUACCACGGAGCAUGCCGCGACACAUGUCAUCCUGGCAGACGGGGCAUGGCAUGCCACUCGGCCAGGCAUCGACCUGGCCGCCGGUCUGGCAUGCACCAAAACGAUGUGCUUCCUCUCGCAGGGCACGUAUACCUUGACAGCCCAGGCGCAGAUAGAGACACCGCAAGGUACACGCACAUGGCAAAGUAGCCCCGCCAGCGUGCGUGUGGACGUGCCGUAG